AUGGAGUCGGAACAUCAACCAAAAUUAAGCCCUGUUAGGGCUUUUCAAGUUCUUCAUGGCGGCAGUGUGGAACCAGAGGAAACUUACACUAGUCUUUCAGAGUACCAUGACUAUGAGCCAUGCUUAGAAUUCGAUGAUUCUGAAUUAAUUCAAACUGCAGGUUUAGCUCCUUUACCGCCUGAGUUGUUAGAUAUACCGGAUGACCUGAUAGACAGAUCCACAAGCGAUGGCACCAUAGAGGAGAACUUCGAAGAGGAGCUUGCUAGGGCACCAGAAGUUUACGCUGAGAUAGCGACUUGCUCUCUGGACUACGAUUGCUUCUCGGAGCUGAGCGGGAGCGGUCUCGUAGAAGUAGUAGGAGACGAUGAGAUCGGCCGACGUAUAAUCGUAGUGUCCGCGUGCAGACUGCCGCCUAGCAAAGACUUACACCCUGAUAUAUUGCUAAGGUUUUUGAUGUUCACAUUGGAUAAAUACGUGGAGCAAGACUACAGCGUGGUCUACUUCCAUUACGGCCUAACAAGCAAGAACAAACCGCCCCUUUCUUGGCUGUGGAAAGCAUAUAAGGCUUUUGAUAGGAAAUACAAGAAGAAUUUGAAAGCCCUCUAUCUAGUCCACCCGACAAAUUUUAUACGCAUCGUAUGGCAGAUGCUGAGACCCGCAAUAAGCGUCAAGUUUGGAAGGAAAAUGAUGUACGUGAAUUCGUUGCAUGAACUGCAGCAAUACUUGAAUUUGGACAAAAUUUGUAUUCCAGAGCCGGUUCUAGAAUACGAUAAACUUCUACAAGCGAAGAAUCCAAAAGCGGCAGCGCGUCAAACCCCCGAAAGGCCUGAAAAAUUGGAUCAAAAUGACACAAAAACACCGCAGAAAGAUAGUCUCUCACCACCGGUUACGCAACAAUUUGGAGUUUCAUUGCAGUUUAUUAAAGAAAACAAUGCCAACAUUGUUGACUCUAUACCGCCAGUUGUGAGACAAUGCGUCGAAUUUCUAUCCCAACCUGAUGCUUUAGAAACUGAAGGGAUAUUCCGUCGUUCAGCAAACAUAUCUGUAAUAAAGGAGCUGCAACGGGCUUGCAACCGGGGCGAGCCAAUAUCUUUUAGAAACGAUCCUCAUAACGCUGCCGUCUUGCUGAAGACCUUUCUUCGUGAUCUUGAAGAACCUCUUAUGACCUUCGACUUGUAUGAUGAGAUUUUAAAAUUCCAAACAUGGUCAAACCGGGAUAAACCAAGACAAGUGAAGAUCUUAAUCUUGGAACGAUUACCACUUGACAACUACAAAUUAUUAAAAUAUAUAAUACAAUUCUUAUGGAAGGUGCAAGACAGAAGUUGUCUAAACAAAAUGACAAGCAGUAACUUAGCUGUGGUAUUUGGUCCAAAUCUCUCAUGGCCUCCCAAUGGUCAGAUGUCACUACAAGCCAUUGCUCCCAUCAAUUCUUUUACCGAUUUCUUAUUAGAAAAUCAGGAGUCGAUAUUCAUAAUCUAA